CUCGAGUGGAUACCAGAGAGUAACUUGAUGGCGACAGGUUUGUGAGGUAGCUGACAUGGCGUAUGGUAUAGGAAAUUAAGACUGAUCUGCCGUCUGUGAAGUAAAGGAACCAUAGCUAUACCUGCAAGAAUGGACGAUUCCUUUGAUCAAUUGAAGUGCAACAAAAACCACCCACAGCCCUCUAUUGAAGGUCCAAUGGAGUAUGAUGACCUGCCAGAACUGCAGGAGGUGGAGGAGGACCAGGUGUCUCCGGUGCUGUUUCAGGUCGGGGCCGGUCUGUCACACCAGGACCUCACCAGCUCCCCUCACACAAACUGGCUCGCUGAGCUAGCCAACAUCGCCACCAGCCCCCAGAGCCCCCUGCUGAAGGACAGCCCCCACAAGAGAUCAUCUCCCGUCCGCAUCAUUGCCACCAGUAAUAGUUUACAUUCCUACGCCCGGCCCCCACUGGCGAGUAGUGCACCCAACCCCUCCAGGGGCCACCUCAGGGAGCGCAGCAGGCGUGUCAGGGCCAGCAGCGAGUCAGAGUCUGGGAUUUUCUCGAUGUCUUCGUUUUCAGAUGAUGAGGACAUGGGGUGGUCUCAUUCCUGGCCUUCAACAGCCUGGCAUUGUUUCUUGAAGGGUACGCGCCUGCGCUUCCACAGGGGCCCCAAUGUGGAGUGGCAGGAAGCUGAAGACCUUGUCGAUUCUGAGGAUGAGUCCGAUGAUGAAAGGAUGAUGCCAUCCUACUCCCACAAGAGCUACGGCUGUGAAGGUCUGAAGUUAGUGGCCCAUGAGGAAACAGUGUUUUUUGGCCAGGCCGUUCUCAAACUGACCUUUGACCCUGGUUCACCAGAAGAGGGGCUUUUAACAGCUGAGUGCAGACUGGGUCAUCCUUUUUUUGUGAAAAACAAGGGGUGGUCCUCGUUUUAUCCAAGCCUUACCGUGGUGCAUUAUGGGAUCCCCUGCUACGAGAUGCAGGUGGGCGAUCUGUGUCUACCUCCGGGUCACCGUGACACCAUCAACUGUGACGACUCUGUUGUCUUUGAUACCUUUAGGAGUUAUGACUUCACCCCGUUGGACUCGUCAGCUGUCUAUGUCCUCAGCAGCAUGGCCCGCCAGCGCCGGGCAUCCCAGUCCAGUGGGGGUGCUGCCAGUCCAGACUGUGACAAACUAGGGCAGGAUCUCGAGGUCCCUGGCUCCUCCAACUCCUCCAGCAGCAAAUCAAACAGGAGCCUUUCCUCAGGGACAACUGGUGGGGCCACACCUGUAAAAUGCAAGCGGCCAAUGAACGCCUUCAUGCUCUUUGCCAAGAAGUAUAGAGUGGAAUACACCCAGAUGUACCCUGGGAAGGAUAAUAGAGCCAUCAGCGUGAUCCUGGGGGACAAGUGGAAGAAGAUGAAGAAUGAGGAGAGGAGGAUGUACACCAUGGAGGCCAAGGCUCUGGCCGAGGAGCAGAAACGGCUGAACCCAGACUGCUGGAAACGCAAGAGAACCAACUCAGGCUCGCAGCAGACCUAGAGGGUGUCCAGAUGUUGGUGGCUGGAUGGUGUGGAGAGGUGAACUGGGCAGAGACAGAGACAGAGGUCUAUCACUCAGCUUUUCCUGCAAACCCCCCCCACAAGACUCAACUGUGAUUCUGAACACACUCGCUUUUAUUCAUUAGAAGUGUUAUAGAAACAAGCAACUAUGAAAUGCAUUAAGAAAGCAUGUAAUCUAGUGACUAAUCGUGCUUAUAUUUUCUUAUCUUUUAAAUGACAGAGAUGCCUUAUUCCUCUGAAGUAAGUAAUUGCUCAACUCUUUUCAGGUAAUUUCAUAUUUCGAAGCUUGAAACGUGAGACCCUGUGGUGCUAUUUGAAGAGUGGAAGGAGCUGUAUAUAAAUUGUCUUGUUUUACCUGUAAAAAGUGAAAUGCACAAUAACCUUAUCUCAGCAUUUCAUAUUGAUAAUGUACAGCUCCGUAUAUUGCACAGAUUUGUAACCCUUUCAUACAUUUCAUACAUUCGUACUAUGUAGAUGAUAAGCAAGCAUAUGAACUUGGGGCAAUCCAUUUUGGAGACACUGCCCUGCAGAGGCCAGAGACCCUGAGUGGAGGAGACGCUCAUUUUACCCAGCACUUCAGAGCCACACCAUUUACUGUAAUUUUUAUUUUGCACUUUAUAUACAUAGUGUAUGUAAUCUUAUAUACAACCAAUACGUGUAUACUAGUGGGAACUUUGUGUGUAAUAUAAUGACAUAUAUCCUUAUGAGAUAUAUUGAGUUUGACACCUACAAACUGAAUAGGUCAUGUUUUGCUUGGAGGUUGACAUUGACACAGGUUACAUUUUUAAAGCUUUCUUGAUACAUGUACAGGUACACAUACGCCCACCAAUUUCUUGCACAUAAUAUCCUUGUAUUCUAUUAUAAAUAAAACUUAAAAGCUAAGGCAA